AGCUGGCCAUUGGAGAGGAGGCUCUCGGCAGAGCUUGAGUACAGGCAGAUAUACUAAGUACACCAAUCAGUAAUCUUCAAGUAUCCUAGUUUAAUCUCGCCGGGAGCCCGCGAAGAUGAAGAUGGUGCUCAAAGUGCCGAUGGUCUGCAAGAAGUGCAAAUCUUGCAUCCUUCAGAUUGUGUCCAAGGUCAAAGGGGUCAAGUCGAUGGCGUACGACGAGGAGAAGAGCACGCUGACGGUGGUGGGGGAGGUGGACGUGGUGGUCGUCGUGGACGCGCUGCGCAAGGGGAAGCACCCGGCGACCGUGGUGACGGUCGGCGACGAGAAGAAGGAAGCGGAGGAGAAGAAGAAGAAGGAUGACGAGGAGAAGAAGAAGAAGGAGAAGGAGGAGGCGGAGAAGAAGAAGAAGGAAUGCCUGGCGAUGAUGCAGCAGUACUGCCCCACCAAGGUUUGCCCGCCGCCCUACUGCCCUCCGCAGUCCUACUGCUACGCCGUCGACGACCACCCCGGCCCCUGCACCAUCGUCUGAGCGAGAGGGGAGAUCAUCCAUCCAGCGCCACCGUAUAUUCCCGGUGCAAAUUAAGCCACUCCUGCAGGCAGGCACACCGAUUAAUUCCAGCGUAAAUCUUCUUCAUCGUUCAGAAGAUUCAGUUUCUUAUAUAUAAGGGGAAAAAAAGAUUCAAAACUUGCAUGCACAUUAUUUUCUUUCCUGUAUCUUUUCCAAGUUCCCGUGAUCAAGAAUUGUAUGUCUCGAUCUUCCUUUUACUACUCACAACUGGUGUACUUGCAGUCUGCAAAUGAACUGUCUGGUUCAGGACAAUGGGACGACUUGGAUAUAAGAUUGGUAGUGGGGUUCAUAGCUUCACCUAAUGUGACAAGUUGAUUAGUCUACCUGUCGGCAUUGCCUAAUCGAACAGUUUAUAUUGCAGCAAAUUGUCGCUAUUCACGCUGGAACUUUCAUA